GUCCCUAUAAAUAUUUAGGCAUAUAAUGUGAAUGACUCAUUCUAUCUAUUAUCACUGUCCAUUUUCGAAGGCUGUCACUGAAUCUCAUUCUCUAUCUGAAGCUAUUUGGAUUACUGAUUUUGUUAAUUGGUCUAUUGAUACUGGUUCAUUUCUUUGAGAAAUUCUAUACACUCCUUGGAGGAGGGAAGAAAAGGAAAGUGGUGAAAUUGGAAGGGAACAAAGAGCCAAAGGAAUAAGCAAAGAUGUUAGGAAUUUUCAAGGAGAAGUUGGUGAAUCCACCACAAGAGCUCAACAGUCCAGCUUCUUUGGAUACAUCAAUAAGGUCUAAACUUCCAAAUGAAAUCAUUAAGGAAUUCAUAUCCUACAAUCCCUCCAAAGCUUUCUCCAUGAGCUUUGGAAAUGAUGCUUUGCUAGCUUUUUCCCCUUCAAACAAGCCCUUCAUUCAUCAAGGGUUUUGUGUUUUGGAUGACAUAUACUGCAUGUUCCUUGGGGGCCUAAACAACCUAAGCAUGCUUAUCAAGCAGUAUGGCCUAUCAAAGGGAACCAAUGAAGCUAUGUUCAUCAUAGAAGCCUAUAGGACUCUUCGUGAUAGGGGUCCAUACCCUGCUGAUCAGGUCCUCAAAGACCUUGAAGGGAGUUUUGGAUUUGUGAUCUAUGACAAUAAGGAUGGAACUGUUUUUAUUGCAUUGGGUUCUAAUGGAAAGAUUGGACUUUUCUGGGGCAUUGCAGCUGAUGGUUCUGUAGUUAUUUCUGAGAAUUUGGAGCUUAUAAAAGCCAGCUGUGGUAAAUCAUUUGCACCAUUCCCCACUGGGUGUAUGUUUCAUAGUGGACAUGGUCUAAUGAGCUAUGAGCAUCCAACAAGGAAGAUGAAGCCAAUGGAAAGAGUUGAUAGUGAGGGGGUGAUGUGUGGAUCCAACUUUCUUGUCGAUCCCCAAUCAAGGAAGUCAAUGAUGCCACGUGUUGGAAGUGAAGCAAAUUGGGCUGCUUGGGGCCCACAAGCCUGAUUCAGUUAACCUUGUCCAUCAUCUUAGCAACUUUUUUAUUUUUCUCUUUUUAAUACUGUUUGUUAGCUGCAUAAUAUAAUGGGGUGUGACUUCUCUGUUAUUAGCUCUUUCGGGAUUUUUUUUCUUCUUCUUCCUUUUUAACUUGUAUAUAUGAACUAUAUUUAUGAUUGAAUGUUGAAAAUGACUUUUGGUCAUUUGCUACAUGAAUAAUAGCAACUUUUUCGAAUUCA